AUUUUAAUCACGUUUUAACAAUGAGGCCAAGAUCAGGGAGGGAGACAUGCUGCACUCUUCCUCUUCCUCCUCUUCCUCUGCAUAGUCCUCCUCCGCUUAUUGCUCUUGUGGUUUAUUUACUGGUUCCAGUGGGUUAUAUACUGACUUCUGUGACUCCAGUGGAGAUGGGAUGUCUGGGAGGGAAGACCGAGGAAGAACGGCUGGAUGAAAAAGCAAAGCGAGAAGCCAACAAGAAGAUCGAGAGACAACUUCAGAAAGAGAGACAAACUUACAAAGCUACACACAGACUACUACUGCUGGGAGCAGGAGAAUCAGGUAAAAGCACCAUUGUGAAGCAGAUGAGGAUUCUUCACGUUGAUGGUUUCAACGCCGAAGAGAAACAGCAGAAGGUUCAAGACAUCAGAAAAAACGUGAAGGACGCCAUCGUGACCAUCGUGGCUGCCAUGACCACGUUGACUCCUCCCAUUCCUCUUGGUAACCCGGGCAAUGAGUUCAGACUAGAAUACGUCAAGAGCAUCGCACCGCUGUCUGACUUUGAAUACACAGAGGUACCACUAAUGACUUUCUUUGAACACACUCAGAAACUUUGGGAGGACGACGGCGUAAAAAUAUGCCUCGAACGCGCCAACGAAUAUCAGCUGAUUGACUGCGCUCAGUACUUUCUGGACCGGCUGGACUCAGUCAGGAGGACGGACUACACCCCUAAUGACCAGGAUUUGUUGCGCUGCAGAGUUUUGACUUCAGGGAUUUUUGAGACCAGAUUUCAGGUCGACAAGGUCAACUUCCACAUGUUUGAUGUAGGCGGACAGCGAGACGAACGCAGGAAGUGGAUCCAGUGCUUCAAUGAUGUGACGGCCAUCAUCUUCGUGGCGGCGAGCAGCAGCUACAACAUGGUGAUUAGAGAGGACAACUCCACCAACCGGCUCAGAGAGUCUCUGGACCUCUUCAGGUCUAUCUGGACCAAUAGGUUCCUGAAGACCAUCUCUGUGAUCUUGUUCCUGAACAAACAAGAUGUUCUCGCUGACAAGAUUCUUGCUGGAAAAUCUAAACUGGAGGAUUAUUUCCCUGAAUACAGCAACUACCAAGUAUCCGCUGAAGCUGUUCCAGAUGCUGAUGAAGACCCUCAAGUGACCCGAGCAAAGUUCUUCAUAAGAGACGAAUUUCUGAGGAUCAGCACAGCGAGUGGAGAAGGGAAACAUUACUGUUAUCCUCACUUCACCUGCGCGAUCGACACUGAAAACAUCCGCCGCGUCUUCAACGACUGUCGUGACAUCAUCCAGCGAAUGCACCUGCGCCAGUACGAGCUCCUCUGAUUGGCCACUGGAAGCUACAUCUAUACAUAAAUAGAUAUUGCUCUGCCAUUGUUUUGUUGAUUAGUGAUAAUUGGUUGUUGUCAGGGUCUGUGUAGGGGCAGGACUGUUUUUUAGCUAGUUUGAGAAAUAAAUCAUUAUUAAUAGUAUUAUUAUUAUUAUUAGAAAAUAAAGAAAAGGCUCAUUAAAGGGAUUUGAAAACUCAUAAAGGAGAUUUUGAAGGGCUUUGACUUUGAUCUGUUGAUUUUAUCAUCUUUUCAUCCAGCCUAUUCCUGUUAUGUGCGGAAACAUGAUUACUAUGGUACUAUAAAAUAUUCACUACUACAACUUAAAAGGAGACUGAUGACUAAAACCUCUUUGUUGUAUUUGAAAUCAAAAUGCAAUUAUUCUGCAUAUUUCCUGUGAUUACUAAUAUUGUCAGGCGGCACGUUUACUAAAUGUCUUGAAUGAAUAUGGUAACAGCUGAUAAAAGCGUCACCAUGGAAACACAGCCUCCUGUUCCCUCCCGGGUCAGCACAUUAGCUCUGCUCGCUCUUUUAGCUGCUAUCUUUAUUAGCAACUGAAUUGCCGUCACCAUGAUGAGAGAAAAUUGAAAUGCUUUGAAUUUUACACUAAGCAACUUUAAACUUAUCUUGACAAAGCACAAAAUCAUUUUUUGUGCUUUGUCAAGAUAAGUUUCAUUUUCAUUUUUUUCCAAGCAGUGGAAAGAUGCUUAAAAAAAGUAGUGGGGAGACAGUAGAAUUAUUAACAAGAAUAGAGUCAAGAGGAGCAGCCGCAAUUAUUGAUGACAUCAUGUUGGCUGGUGACAUUAAAAUAUCUGUCAGAAAAUAGGAUAUAAUCUAGUUUGUAUUUGCAUAACACCAAAUCACUUAUCAGAGAUUUAUAAUCUUAACAGAUGACCUUUGACUAAAUGUCUAAACCAUACUUUAAAUACACGGUGUCUAAUGUUGAUGUAUAAUUAUACAUUGUAAUAAUUUAAAUGUAUAGUGUUUUAAAUGGAAAACAUGUCAUUUACAUGUAUAAUUAUACACUACAAAAUAACUUAAAUCCAUAAUAAACAUUUAAAU